CCAGAUCGUACAAAAUGGCUGCCACAGUUGCAGCUAUCAAAUCUAGUGAAGAGAAUUACGACGACGAGCCGGAUGAGACGUUGAGUGAGAGACUAUGGGGUUUGACAGAAAUGUUCCCUGACAGAGUGAGGACAUUCUGUGGAACUCUAUGUCAGCUCGCCACAAAGGGUUCCUACAUUGCGUAUCGAUUCUCACGUAGUGCUGUGUGGAUUGGUGUCAGCUCUAUGGCGUUGACAGUGUUUCCUAUCAUGUUUGAAUCAGAGAGAAUUCAGUUGCAAGAGCAACAACAGAUGCAACAGAGACAAAUCUUACUUGGUCCAGGGGCAGCAGGACAACAAUUUGGUGGUCAGUUUGGUGGAGUAGCAUCAGGACUGGCUCCUCCUGGUCUCAUGCCUAAGUGAUGAUAAUCUGUUUGAUUAGUGGAAAUCUUAGGUACAGUAGACUGAAAUAAUCUUGAGCUGUUCUGACACUGAUAGAUGGUAGGUACAUAUUGCUGUCUUUUAUAUAAAUGAGAACAAUGACACAGCAGUGAGUUCUGAUGGCUGCAGGCAAAGUCAAA